AUGUCGUCUUUCACGCAAACCGUCAACCUCGAGGCGGCCCUGCGUCACGUCUGCAGCCAGCGGGCGACGUACAGCAACGUCGACCUGGGGGAGCGGUCGCUGCAGGUGGAGAUGAUGCGCGGGAUCUUUGGCUCCGCCAACCUCUUGCUCGCCUGGCUCGAUACGUGGAACCAGUCGCUCGCCCCCGGGGCGCUCGAAACCAUCGCGAACCCGAACGGGAAUCGAGCACCAAAAUACGGAUAUGUGGCGGCAGACCCUGGAGUCCCUCGCACGCGGUGGGUGGGCGCACUGGGAGGCAGUACUCCCGUACAGCAUGAACCUCGAUGCCGCGGUUCCAAGGGGACUACGUGUAUCGCCUCCUGGGGAUUUGAUAUCUCGACAUCAUGCCCGACUGACUACACAGAGGCCACGAGCCUGGGCGACGCACACCGGGACUUUGUCGCCUGCUGGCUCCAAGACCCCGUACCGACCACGCGCGCCGCAAAGCCGUGGACGUUCCUCUGCUAUGCCGGGUCCGGCCUUGGGAGCCACAUGCCCACGAUGCCGAGCUGGGCUCCGAACUCACAUGUGGCCAAUUUGCUGCCCGACAUGAUCGCCUACGCGAUGGAGCUUGUCUACGCCCAGGAGCCGACAAUGUCCGUCCCCCGGAGGGCUGGCAGCCCCAUGGUACGGCGCAGGGAGACGGGGGGCUUCCCGGCCGAGGCGAUCUACUCACGGGGGGUGGCCGUCAUCGUGGCUGACUUGAUGGACGGUGAGGCCCGCGGGUCCGUAUGGAAUCGGGAGGGCGACCCCAGAGACGCUGGUGCUCGACUAAGAAGUCGGAGUGGGCUGAGGCGUACGCCUGAGAGAAACCCCAUUAGAUCGGGUGUGGUCCGCCAACGAGUAUCGGCGAAGCCUACGCGUCAACGUGCUCAAGCAGCUGCGCCCUCUCUUGAUCGAGAUGAUUUCACGAUCUGA